AAAGGGCAGCUUCCUGGUUGGAGAGCACCUCGCUGGGGCCAUGGCCGCGCGGGGGGAACCCGGGCGGCAGAGGCAGGAGGCGGUGGCGGCCGUGGUGGUGGUGGGCUCCUGCAUGACCGACCUGGUCAGGUCAUUCCUUUCUCCGCUAUGAAUCAUCUCGGAGAAUCUGUAACAAGCACAUCAUUGUCAAGAAGUUAAAAGCAAUGAUAAGUUGUUCUGUUAACACCUGUCAGUGAAAUAACUCAGAGCACAAAACCCGGGCAAUUGAAGGAGUUGACAAGUAUUAUUAAACCUGUUUUGCAAGAGAAGAAGCUGGUUCAAAGAGGGAAAAGCUGUCAAAGGACGGCCUGAGGAACCAGAAACCCAGGAGUGGACAGGGUGGCACUGUUAGGCUGCACCUGCAAGAAGCCAGCUGGAGCCCAGGAAGAACCAGUGGCUGGAAGCAGAUGCAGGCAGGACAGAUGACUGAGUCUUACUUCUCGUUUGCCAAAAACCGGAGAAACCAUCCAUGGACAUAAGUUUUUUAUUGGCUUUGGAGGGAAAGGUGCCAACCAGUGUGUCCAAGCUGCUAGGCUUGGAGCAAAGACGGCCAUGGUGUGCAAGGUUGGCAAAGAUUCUUUUGGCAAUGAUUACAUAGAAAACUUUAAACAGAAUGAUAUUUCUACAGAAUUUACAUAUCAAACUAAAGAUGCUGCUACAGGAACUGCUUCUAUAAUUGUCAAUAAAGAAGGCCAGAAUAUCAUCGUGAUAGUGGCUGGAGCAAAUUUACUUUUGAAUACUGAAGACCUGAGAGAAGCAGCCAAUGCCAUUAGCAGCGCCAAAGUAAUGAUCUGCCAGCUAGAAGUAACUCCAGCAAUUUCUUUGGAAGCCCUAACAAUGGCCCACAGCAGUGGAGUGAAAACACUGUUCAACCCAGCUCCCGCCACUGCUGACCUGGACCCCCGGUUCUACACCCUCUCAGAUGUGUUCUGCUGCAAUGAAACUGAGGCGGAGAUUCUCACCAGCCUGGCGGUCAGCAGCCCCGCGGACGCGGGGAAGGCCGCGCUGGUGCUCCUGGAAAGGGGCUGCCGCGUGGUGAUCAUCACCUUGGGCGCGGCAGGGUGCGUGCUGCUGUCUCAGGCAGAGCCUGUUCCAAAGUACAUUCCCACGGAGAAGGUCAAGGCUGUGGAUACCACGGGUGCUGGUGACAGUUUCGUAGGAGCUUUGGCCUUCUACCUGGCUUACUACCCAAAUCUGUCCUUGGAAGAAAUGCUCAAGAGAUCCAAUUUCAUCGCAGCAGUCAGCGUCCAGGCUGCAGGGACACAGUCAUCCUAUCCAUACAAGAAAGACCUGCCACUUGAUUUGUUUUGAUUGCUACUAACUCAAACAUAAAAAUACCUGGAAAUAAAAUGUUCUUAAAGGUG